AUGAAAUCUGUAGUUGAAAGAUACAACAAACAGAAAGAAGUGCAAAACCUUCUGCUAAAUCCUAGUUCAGAGAUCAAGUUUUGGCAGAGGGAAGUAGCAAGCUUGAGUAAACAACUACAGUACUUACAAGAAAGCCACAGGCAGCUUUUAGGAGAAGAACUUUCUGGAUUGAGCAUCAUAGAUCUACGUAACCUGGAAAAUCAACUGGAAAUGAGUUUGAAAGGCAUCCGAAUGAAAAAGGAACAAAUCAUGACUGAUGAAAUGAAAGAGUUAAACCAGAAGGGGAGUCUCAUUCAUCAAGAGAACAUAGAACUGCGUAAGAAGUUAGACCUUAUUUGUCAAGAAAAUACAGAAUUGCGGAGAAAGGUUUAUAGCUCAGAGAAUAUUGAUGAAGCAAACAGGGUUUCCCACAUUAACAAUGGAAUCAACAAUGAAUAUGAUUUGCACGGCCCCCUCAACCUCCAGCUAAGCCAACCACAAACUCAGAAGGAGAAAACACCAACAAUAAUGAUGAAGUUUGGGUUAAAUGUAUAA